UCAAAAUCUACACCAGAUUUCAUGAUGGAGGAAAAGCUGUUAGCAUUAUCAUUAUCAAAAACAAGAGAAGGAUCAGAUGAUGGACAAAGUGACAAUCGACUUCCACCAGUCCCUAGUGUAGCACCAUGGCUUGUUAUCCCAUUUGCAAAAGGUACGCAAAAACAAGCUUUUUACCAUCCUUGUGAACUCAAAAGCAGAACACAUUACAAAUCCAUACCGGAAUUGAACGGGAAAAGGUUUUGGCAGAAAAAUUCUCACCAAGGUUGGUUAGUUAUUGUUUGUCAUGACAGAAGAUAUGAUUACAAUGAUGAAAACUCAUUACCAGCAAACUCAAAGUUUGGUGACUGCUUUCUCUGGAAUCCUAUAACUUUGAAGAUUUUUCGUUUACCUUCUAUAUUCUGUUUUCUAUCUAAGUAUAACCUUAUUAUGGAUUGUGCAUUAUCUUCUCCCACAAGUACUGAAGAAGUUAAUGAUUCUAUGGUUUACUUCAACUUUUUGCGUCGAGAUAAAUUGGAUGGUGGAAUUCGUGAUCGGCAUGUGCUUGUAUACAGUACCCUAAGAGAACAACAAUGGUGUGAAAGUGCAUUGUAUGAAGAUGAUUUUGAUGAUAUUGUAUUUCCUUUUGGAUCACUUGUACCUGUGCAUCAAGGUAAGUUAAAUGCUAUGGGUACCCAUGGGCAUCACCUAGAGAUCGAAAAACAACAAGACAAAACGUUAGUCAUAAGACAAUUCAACACAAUUACCGACAACUUUUAUCAACACGAAGGCUCUGGGCCAAGUUCUCAUGCUCAUUAUGUGGAAAUUUGUGAUGAAAUCUAUAGAGUUGAUUUGAAUUUCAGCGGUGAUGUAGUCACCUCAGUAGAAAUUUUCAAGUUGGAUUUUACGUUAAUGGCGUGGGUAGAGGUCAAUAGUUUAGGUGAUCAUGUUGUGUUUCUCAGCCCUUACACAAACUUUUCCUGUUCUGCAGCAAAGAUGGGUUUCACAAGAGGUUGUGUUUAUUACAUACCUCACGAAGAUAAGAAUUUCUACAUGUUUGACGUAGAAGAUAACUGUAUUAAGAUUGUCUCGCCUUGUAUUAUGAAGUGUGCAGUGCCAUUAUAUACGUCUUCGUGGUUGAUGAUACCUGCAACUGAGAUCACUGUGGAAAGAAAGACAGCUAUAGAAGAUUGGUUUUGUGAAGUGAAAGAGGAGGAAGAGGAUCAUAAACAGGAACAACUGUAUGAAACAGUAGUAGCAUGCGAAGAAACAAAUUCUUCGAUUAUUAUAUCUGAAAACCGCAGCAUCUUAGAUGUUCUAUCAACUUUACUGCAUCCUGUGGAUUUCAUACACUUUCGUAGUACCUGUAAAGCAAUACAAUCAAAGUUCCCUGCAAGAAGCUGGAGAUCGUCUUCAACUCUAACCAAAACAGCUACCUAUUUAUCUCUAUGGCUGGUUUUCUCAAAAGAUAAGGAUACUUUCUUCAGUUUUGUAAACCCAGAGCAUAAAAGUGAGAAAUACUUCUUGAGCUUGUCUGAACUGCUAAUCGGUGCUAUGAUACGAUUUUCAAAAGAUGGCUGGCUUCUGAUGUCUAAAGGUAAACAUAUCAUAUUCUUCUACAAUCCCUUCACAAGAGAGACCAUCAAGCUUCCGGAUUUGCCUGAUAAAAGAUGGUACAACUUCAGGGGCAUAUCAUUCUCAUGUUUACCAACUUCUCCUGAUUGUACAGUUUUUGCAAUCUCGAUUUCAGCACCUAAUGAAAUUACUAUUGCCACUAUCAAACGGGGAAAUAAUAGUUGGACGUUUCAUCAUGUCCCUGCACAAGGUAAUGAUGAACCAGGGAUGAGUUCAUGUUUCAACAGUCCUGUUUUCUGCCAUGGAGCUUUCCGUUGUUUAGAUUAUAAUGGAAUUUUAAGAAGUUUCAAUCUUGAUGGAUCUUAUAUGGAGAGUCAUAAUGUCUCCAGGAAUGUUUAAUAAGGACUACCCAUGUUUCCUGGUGAAGUGCGAUGGUGACCUUAUUAGUGAGUUUACAUCUACCAUUUGGGAAAUCCAUUAAG